UUGGUAUGCGUAGUUCUUGUCAUUGAUCUCACAUGCUCAUUUUUUUACAAUGCAUAUAACUAUUUUAUAUUGGAUAAUAAAUCAACGUUGAAGUAUAUGGUAGGAGACUGUGCCCAAUAUAUAGGUCUUUGCAUAGCACUGACGUUACUUAUCGCCUGUAGGAAUCGUGGAGUUGUUACAUCCGGUGUAUUAUUUAUCUACUGGUUACUUAUGGUCUUAUGCGGGCUCCCAGAGUUUCGAUUUUUAUUAGAACGCUAUUUUCAGAGCGGAAUAAAUGAUGAAUUUCGAUUUUUUAUGUACUUAGUCUAUUACCCUUUGAUAUGCUUGGAACUGAUUCUGUCCUGUUUCGCUGAUACGCCUUCUGGAGCUUUCAUUGGGAAACAAAUUUGCCCGGAGCUGUCAACGUCAUUCCUUAAUCAGAUCACAUUCCAAUGGUUCACAGGGUUAGCAGUAAAGGGCUAUAAAAGACCGCUGGAACGGGAUGAUCUGUGGAGUUUGAAUGAAAGAGAUCGAGCUAGCCAUCUUAUACCAGAAUUCUAUCACUAUUUCAAGCGCCAGUUCCAAGAAACGCAAACUGAGCAGAAACCAAAGCCAAACGCUGAACAUCCAGUCAAGCAUCCAUCAAUUCUCUGGCCUCUUUUUCAAACUUACAAGUUCUCGUUCAUUUCGGGAGCUUUACUCAAAUUGACGUUUGAUCUUCUACAGUUUGUCGCCCCUGCUCUGCUCAAAUAUCUCAUCAGUUUCAUACAGAAUCACGAUCAACCAUUAUGGCUUGGUAUCAGUAUAGCAAGUACAAUGUUCAUCGUGGCAGUGGUUCAGUCAAUGAUUCUCCAUCAGUACUUCCAUCUCAUGUUCCGCUUGGGCAUGAACAUACGGUCCGUACUUACCAGUGCUGUCUACUCGAAGGCGAUGAACUUGUCGAAUAAUGCAAGAAAAAACCGUACUACUGGAGAAAUAGUAAAUCUGAUGUCAGUGGAUAUUCAACGUCUGCAAGACAUGACAACAUUCGUCAUGUUGUUUUGGUCCGCUCCUCUUCAGGUCAUUCUUUCAAUAAUUUUCCUAUGGAGAAUACUUGGCGUAGCGGUUAUUGCCGGUCUUGUGAUUUUAGUGGCUAUGGUCCCUAUUAAUUCCUAUAUUUCUGUGAAAAUGCGAAACUGCCAGGUGAAACAAAUGAAACAUAAAGAUGAACGCCUUAAAAUGAUGUCAGAGGUUUUGAACGGAAUCAAAGUGCUCAAGCUGUACGCAUGGGAGAAAAGCAUGGAAAACGCGAUUUUGAACAUUCGUGUCAAAGAACUGAACGUCUUAAGGAAGCUUGCAUUCCUCAACGCUGCUACGACGCUCUCAUGGGCUUGUGCUCCAUUUUUGGUGGCAGUGCUAUCGUUUGCUGUUUUCGUCACCAUCGAUCCUGACAACAAUGUGCUGACCCCUCAAGUGACCUUUGUCGCUCUGGCUCUCUUCAAUAUUCUACGUUUUCCACUGGCAAUUUUUGCAAUGAUAUUCAGUCAGGCCGUUCAAUGCCACGUAAGCAACAAGCGCCUUCGAGCGUUUUUCGCUGAAGAGGAAAUGGAUUUCAACGCUGUGGGCAACAAAUAUACCGAAGAAGCUGUGAAAAUUGAAAACGCAACGUUCACCUGGGAAAGUGGAGACGCAGAGGAAACAUUGAAAAAUAUCACCAUGACCGUUGAACGUGGUCAGCUCGUUGCUAUUGUUGGCAAAGUAGGCGUCGGAGAAAUGAACAAAGUUAGUGGCAGCGUGAAUGUGAGCGGUUCGGUCGCCUACGUCCCACAACAGGCUUGGAUUCAGAAUCUCUCACUACGUAAUAAUAUUCUCUUCAAUCGUACUUAUGACCGAAUGUUCUACGAGAAAGUGCUAGACGCUUGCGCUCUUCGACAGGAUUUGGCAAGCUUACCAGCUGAAGAUAUGACUGAAAUCGGAGAAAAGGGCAUCAAUCUCUCAGGAGGUCAAAAACAACGGGUUUCUCUAGCUAGGGCUCUGUACUCACAUGCUGACAUAAUAUUGCUCGACGAUCCGCUCAGUGCUGUCGACUCGCACGUUGGAAGGCACAUUUUCGAGAACGUCAUUUCAUCUUCUACCGGUAUAUUAGCACACAAGACACGCAUACUUGUUACUCAUGGCCUUCAUUAUUUGAAAUACUGUGACAAGGUUAUAGUCAUGAAAGCUGGCGAAAUCAGCGAAAUGGGAACGUACCAUGAACUGAUUGCACGUCAGGGGGCUUUCAGCGAAUUCCUCGAAGAAUUCCUGGUCGAGGAGACGAAGAAAAGAGGUCGAAGUGUGAGCUUCGGGGACAAUGCAGAGGAUGUGUCUGAAAUUCUUCUGGAAAUGGAAAAAGUGAGUCCCGACCGGAGAAAGCGCAUCGAAUCCCAACUGAGUCAGGAAGCCCCAAAUGUCCCCUCAGUUCAUGAAAAGAGCCCCAGUCCCAUGAGGGAACCCUCGUCUCCAACUAGUAAUGGCAACGUCCUUCCUACACAAUCGGAAGAAGAACAUCCAGUAGUGGUAGGAAAAGCCGAAGAAAAAGUCGCUCUUCUUGGAGAAGAAACCAAAACACCACAGAAGAGUAAGCUUGUCGAAAAAGAAGCAGUUGAAACGGGAAAAGUGAAAUGGUCUGUGUAUUUAACAUACAUUCGAGCAAUCGGUUUUGAUCUCGCCGUGCUGUUCAUUGUCGUCUACAUUUUCAGCAGCGUCUUGGGGGUGGCCAGUAAUUUAUGGCUUGCAAAGUGGUCCGAUGAUGCCGAAAUGAUCCAAAAAACCAGUAAUGGAAGCAGUUACGAAACGAAUACUCGUCUAGCGAUCUAUGCUUCGUUGGGAGUUGGUCAAGCUCUAUUCGUAUGUGCCGCUUCGAUUAUUAUGGCACUUGGAAUGGUUGGAGCAUCUCGAUUGCUUCACGAAGGCAUACUAAAGAAUAUUCUUCGAUCACCGAUGAUCUUCUUUGAUAUCACCCCCAUAGGACGUGUACUCAAUCGUUUCGGCAAGGAUAUGGAAUUGCUGGAUACUCGACUACCGAGUGCUGUCUUGACGUUCGUUGGUUCUGCCGUACAGGCUCUGAUAAUCAUUGCGGUACCUAUCUACGCAACGCCGCCAAUUAUCUUUCUUCUAGUGCCAGUCUUCGUCUUCUAUUUCUAUAUUCUGGAUGUCGACUGUCUCGACAAUGCCAUACCUCGAUCUCUGAUGUCAUUUGUACGCACGCUGAUAGCCUCGAUCGAAAUACUUGCCGUUAUUAUAUGGUCGACACCGGUUUCCGUAGCUGCUCUCGGGCCUCUGUUUGCCAUAUAUUUCCUGUUUUUGCGAUUCUAUGUAAGUACUUCACGACAGUUGAAACGUCUUGAAUCGGCGUCGAGGUCACCGAUCUACUCCCAUUUCCAAGUGCAGCGUCAAUUCGUGCCUACAGAUUGGUAG